AUAUACAUACACAUAUAUAAUUACAAUAAUCCCAUUGCGCAGAAAUUUAUUUAUAUUUUGCCCUUACAUUCAUAUGUCUUCCAUUGCUGUUCUGCUCCAUCAUCUUCGUGCUCGUAGUGCCAGUAGUUCAUCCGCACAACGGCAGUCUUCUGUUCCUCAUCAUGGUCACCACUUCUCCAGCUUCUCCUUGAGCUUUCUUCCGUUCUUAUCUCCUCAAGAUGACUGACCACAACGUGUUCGUGUUCGGAUCAUUUACAGAGGAUGAGCUUAAAUCCCUGCAAAGUUCCCCAAAAGAGAAUGAUGUAGAAUUUAUGUUUGGUUCUCUGGACUCUGCAACUCUGAGAUCUGUGGGCAUCUUCAACAAUAGACCAAGUGAGAUAGAAAUUGCCAAAAAACAUCAAACAUCACAACUGGUAAACAAAAGGAACACUGAUGAAAUUGUUCAUACUACAGCAAAAGCAUCACAAAGCCUUGUCUCGGUUGUACAUAAAAAUGGAAAUAUUCAUGAUUCAAGUUCUCUUUCCUUUACUAAGGGUAUAAGCGAACAGGAACGAAAAAGUUCAGAACUACCUUUAUCAUUUGUACCCGGAAGUGUUGGUGAACCUCUAGACCAGUCACUACAGCCUUAUGGCACUGAAUCUGUGACUCUAUCAUCUACGAGUCUAGGAAAUGAAGCUCCUGUCAGUUCGUUUGAAGCUCUGGACUUGAUAGAUACCAAAAAUAAUAUUUUCAAUGCAUCAAAUGGACUGUAUACAACUGCAACAGAGUUACUACCUCGAGGUUUAGUCAACUCAGGAAAUUUGUGUUUUCUAAAUGCAACUCUUCAGGCUCUUCUUGCUUGUUCUCCCUUUGUACGUCUCUUGCAGGAGCUAAGAAUGCGCAAUAUACCCGAGAUUGGCUACCCAACUUUACGUGCAUUUGCUGAAUUUAUAUCUGGUUUUGACAUGCCAUCUGACCUGCACUCAAAGAAAAAAGAUGAUAUUCUUUUGGAAACUGGGAAACCUUUGCGACCUGUCAUGUUUGAAUCUGUUCUGAACAAUUUCUCCCCUGACAUGCCAAAUAGCUUCUUGGGCAGACCAAGGCAAGAGGAUGCUCAAGAAUUCCUAAGUUUUGUCAUGCAUCAAUUGCAUGAUGAAUUACUUAGAUUUGAAGGAGAAAUUUCCAUUGUUAAUGGGGGGAAAGUUUCAUUGGUUUCGUCGGUGAGUGACGAAGAUGGUGAUAGUUGGGAGACGGUUGGGCCGAGGAACAAAACUGCAAUUACAAGAACACAGAGUUUUAUUCCGUCAAAAUUAAGUGAGAUUUUUGGAGGCCAAUUGCGAAGUGUUGUGAAGGCAAGAGGUAACAAAGCCUCAGCUACUAUACAACCAUUUCUUCUGCUCCACCUUAAUAUAUGUCCAGAGCCUGUCCGUACAAUAGAGGAUGCACUUCAUCUUUUUUCUGCACCAGAAACACUUGAAGGGUACCGGGCAUCAUCAGCAGGAAAGGCCGAGUUAGUUAGUGCAAGCAAAUCUGUUAAGAUAUUAGAGCUUCCGGAGAUUAUAAUAUUGCACUUGAUGCGCUUUAGCUAUGGAAGCCAAGGGAGCACCAAAUUACUAAAGCCAGUUUACUUCCCUCUGGAGCUGAUUCUUAACCAUGAGCUGCUUGUUUCGCCAUCAACAGAGGGUCGUAGGUAUGAGCUUGUGGCAACAAUAACUCAUCAUGGGAGGGAGCCUUCAAAGGGUCAUUACACUGCCGAUAUCCUGCAUCCUAGCGGCAAGUGGCUGCAUUAUGACGACGCCUCAGUUAUCGCUAUUCCUACCACCAAGGUACUUCAUGACCAAGCUUAUGUCCUCUUCUACAAGCAGCUGUAGGUUUUUAUGCUCCCUCCCAUUUUUCAUUCUACACAAGUGUACCAUGUAGUAGAAGAAGACAUGUUACUGCAUUUUUCUGUUUCGAAAGCUUAUGGUAAUAUGUCGAUUUAUAUUUUGUUACCAUUACUAAAAAAUACUCGGGAACUGUUUUUCUGGGAAAUCUUGUGUAUGGCGGCCUCAUAGGAACAAAAGGCAGAGUUUAUUUAUGAUAUGUGAUCUCCAUUUACAGAGGAUGAUCUUGGUUCAUCAAACUGAAUUAUUUGUUGGUUCUUUAGUUGGGUUAGUAUGUAAUGAAGCAUAUUUUGGAUUGAAGUUUGAUGCAUUUGAAAUCUGUUUUUGUGCUUU